CUUAAUGUUAUCAUUGCUUUAUCUUGUUAUUAGUAGAUAUUUUGUUUCUAUGUGUUUAAUAUUGUUAUGAUUUUCUUUUACAGCAUGGUGGAUGAGUCCUUUCUGUGAUUUCUUUAUAGUAAAGGGGUUAUGAUAUGCCACUCUUUUCAACAGCAGUUUUCUGAUUGGUUUGGUUAGAAUUAUGCUGGUUUAGGGAUCUCUGUUGGAUUGGGCUUUUGAUGUUCCUUUUAGGAAUACAUCAGAGUUCAUCCAAUUAACCAUAAUUUUGGUCGGAGAAUUGAAGGUGGCUUUGAUCUGAGAUUUUAUUAGGAUUUGGUUCUCCUUCUCCAGUCUUGGCAUUGUUCUGAAUUCGGUUGAUUGGUGAAAGAGUUUUCUUAAAUCUAUUGUUGAUGCUGCCAAAAAGGUUAGAGGAAUUGGUUAUCUGCCUAGAUUGAAUCUUUUGGAAUCUAUAGAACAGUUCUCAUGGAGAUAAAAAUCAAUGGAGACGGAACUCAUUUAGAAUAGCUUGGGAAUGUCAAGUGAAAGAACUAAUUCGUUAAAAUUUCCUAUUGAAUUCAGAAAGGAUCCAGGUAAUGCUGCAGAGAGUUAUGGUUGUUCCAUGGAAGUUACUGUGACACCACCGGUACAAAUGAAUGCUGAGCAUGGUGGUUGCAACGAAGUGAAGGUUAAACGCUCUCGUCAGUGCAGAAAUGGGAUAGAUUAUUGUAUGCUUGAUUAUAGCUCAGAAGGGGAAUCAGACCAUGAAAGGCUCAUCAAGGAAACUGCUAGAUGGAUUCCAGAAAAAGCGUGUAGACCAGUUAUUGAUGAAGCUCCUAUAUUCUACCCCAAUGAAGAGGAGUUCAAAGACACUCUUGGUUAUAUUGCUAGCAUACGCCAGAAAGCUGAACAAUAUGGUAUAUGUCGCAUUGUGCCACCACCUUCUUGGAAGCCUACCUGCCUUCUGAAAGAAAAGAGCUUCUGGGAGGGUGCCAAGUUUGCUACUCGAGUUCAAGAAGUUAACAUGCUUCAAAAUAGAGAGCCAAUGAGAAAAAGAUCCAGGAAUCGGAAAAGGAAGAGAAGAAGACGCAUAAGAUUUGGAAUGACUCGCAGACGUAACAGCUCCAAUAGUUCAGAUGCUAAUGACUGUGCUGCCUCAGACACAGAAGAAAAGUUUGGUUUCCACUCUGGCGCAGACUUCACACUGAAACAAUUCCAGGAAUAUGCUAAUGACUUCAAGGUGAAAUAUUUUGGCAUAGAAGAUUCUAGCAAAACCUUAGUUUCCUGUAAUGAGGGUCCUUGGAAGAUUUGGCAACCCUCAGUGGAGGAAAUUGAAGGGGAAUACUGGCGAAUAGUUGAAAAACCAACAGAAGAAGUCGAGGUACUCUAUGGUGCUGAUUUGGAAACUGGUAUAUUUGGUAGUGGGUUUCCUAAAGCACCAUUAUCAAAUCAAAUUUACUCAGAUCAAUAUGCGCUGUCAGGCUGGAACUUGAACAAUUUUCCUCGACUCCCUGGUUCUGUACUUUCUUUUGAAAGUGGAGAUAUCUCUGGAGUCCUAGUGCCUUGGCUAUACAUAGGGAUGUGUUUUUCAUCAUUUUGUUGGCAUGUCGAAGAUCACCACCUUUAUUCUCUGAACUAUUUGCAUUGGGGUGAACCAAAAAUGUGGUAUGGGGUCCCUGGAAGUGAUGCUGUGAAAUUGGAAGAUGCCAUGAGAAAGCAUUUACCAGAAUUAUUCAAAGAACAACCUGAUUUGCUGCACGAAUUGGUAACUCAAUUGUCUCCUUCAGUUCUAAAAUCUGAGGGUGUUCCAGUUUACCGUGCUAUUCAGAAUCCUGGGGAAUUUGUUCUUACUUUUCCAAGAGCAUACCACUCUGGUUUCAAUUGUGGAUUCAAUUGUGCAGAGGCUGUUAAUGUUGCUCCCUUAGACUGGUUACCACAUGGACAGUGCGCCGUUGAGCUUUACAGCAAGCAAUGCCGGAAGACAUCUGUGUCCCAUGACAAGUUGCUGCUAGGUGCUGCAGAGGAAGCUGUCAAAGCACUCUGGGAGCUUUCAUUCUUAGGGAGUAAAAGCCCAGAUAACUUGAGAUGGCAAAGAGUUUGCGGAAAGGAUGGAACGCUUACUAAGUCUAUUAAGGCAAGAGUCUGGAUGGAGCAGAAAAGAAGAGAGUCUCUUUGUAAUACAUCACAGUUUAGGAAAAUGGACAAGAAUUUUGAUGCAUCAAAAGAAAGAGAAUGCUUCUCAUGCUUUUAUGAUCUGCAUCUCUCUGCUUCAGGUUGUGUGUGCUCUCCAAAUCGUUUUGCAUGUUUGACCCAUGCAGAACUACUUUGCGCAUGUGAUCCGAGGAAGAGGUUUUCCCUUUUUCGCUAUAACAUGGAAGAAUUAAAUGCCCUUCUGGAAGCUUUGGAAGGGGAUUUGGAUGCCAUGAGACGUUGCGCAUUAGAUAUACUAGGACCGGUCCAACUUCCACAACUGGAAAUGCAGGAUAAAUCUGGAGAGACAAAUACGAAGGACUCAGAUAAAAGCUUGUAUGAAUCACAGAAACAAUUUAUCAGCAACAAUUUUGGAGAUGCAGAUACCUCUGAUCAGGAUAAUGGAAGUCAGGUAUGCAAAGAUGUCUAUCUUGAACAGAAAAGAAGCGAGAGCCCUGCUUGUUUCCAAACGACAGAAGAAAUCCCUGAUAUCAAUUGGCCAUGCAAAUCUGACCAUAAAAAUGCUUCAAAAGUUAUUGAAGAAAAUUGUCGACGUCCAGGAAUGUUUUAUGCUUCCAGUGUAAAGGAUGAAUUUGGAAGUGACAACCUUGACAAAGAACCCUUCCUUACCAAAUCAGAUGCAGUUGAUCUGCAGCAAGUUGAAGUUGCAUCCAAGUCAUUGAGAUAUAAUUUGUUUGAUGGUAGUACAGGUGAAAAGCAUCACAGACAGCGUUCUGAUCUAAACACCAGGCAACCAUCCAAAGAAUCAAAUACUAGAAUUCCUGCAUGUCUUGAUAGUGAAGAAGAGCAAGGCUGGAGUUCUGAUAUGUUAAAAAAGUCACAUCCCUCAUCUUCCUUGGGUGUUAAUGAUCAUGCAUGUGAUAGAACUCAGAUGGCGUGUAAGUCUAAGAUAACCAAUAGUAUGUUGAUAUCAGGUCCAGACUACAGAUACUCCGUUUUACCAAGCCAUCCUUCUGAGUUGGUUUCCGAGUGUGAUUUGAUCAACAGAGUUUCGAAUGUGGCAUCAUGUUCCCAAGGUGCUGAAUGUGUCUCCAAAUCUAGUGCAAAGCUAUUCGGAAUUGAGCUUCAGAAACUUCAGCGAUGCCUAACCACACAUUCAGAUGGUGAAGGCACUCGACUUGUGCCUGCUGAUCUGUCUCAAUUUAAUGAAUUGAACCAACAUAGUCAUGAAACUGAAAAGGUUAACCAGGUAUUGAAGUAUUGUGUUGAGCCUCUUAAAUUUGGAAUGGUGAUGCCGGGAAAGCGAUGGUGCAGUAAGAAAGCAAUCUUUCCAAAAGGAUUCAAAAGCCGGGUCAGGUUUUUCAGCGUGCUUGAUCCUACAAGGAUAUGUAACUACAUCUCAGAAGUACUGGAUGCUGGACUUCUUGGACCUCUGUUUAAGGUUACAGUAGAAGAGGACCAGGAGCAGACCUUUAUGCAUGUUUCAGCGCAGCAGUGUUGGGACAUGGUUCGAGAAAGGCUAAACCAAGAGAUCAUAAGACUAUGUAACUAUGGGAAGCAAAAUCUCCCCCCAUUGCAGCCAGCAGGGAGCAUAGAUGGGCUUGAAAUGUUUGGCUUUCUAUCCCUAUCAAUCAUUCAGGCUAUUGAGGCUCUUGAUCCUUAUCACCGGUGUUCAGAUUACUGGGCAUCGAAGUCGAACGUACGGUUGACAUCUGAACUGAUGAUGCAAGUAAGAAAUCACCCAGCUAUAGAGGUGGUUAAGAACUCAGCUACCAGAAAUGAGCCAGAGAAGUGCCUACUUCAAUCAAGAAAUACAGGAAAAACAGUAAACAAGUUGUUUGGUGUAGAUAUAACUGGGUCGGAGAAGGACCCACCAGAUUCAAGCAGCCAUGUAUCGGCCGAAGAGGUCCAGCAUGUGCUCGGAGGACUGUUCGGGAGGGCAAGCAUGGAAGAAUUAAGAAUGAUGCACAAGAUAUUCUGCAGUAGUUCAGGAAGCAACAAUUGGAGAUCAGCAUUAGAUACAUUGCUGGAUGAGAUUCAGAGGAAGGUACGUAAAUAAGAAUUUAGACCAAAGUAUGCAUAUAAUUUCUCUCGGGGACGAGCUGAUGAGGCGAACAACCAUGAACUGGUUGACACCUCUCCUCGAGGGCCAAUCAUUCUUUCUUCCAUAGUAGGUAACAUGACUAUAUUUCUAGUUUUUUUCGCACAAUUUCUUUUUUGGUUUAUCCUUUCCAAAGCUCCAUACAGAACAUGGUGGGGUCUGGCAUUGCUUCUAAAUGCAAUUAUGCCCCAUCAUGUUCCUAUGGAGUAUUUACUCUCUUAUUGGAUUGUGGGUUUCAGCUUUAUUGGCCCAUGUAGUUGGCAAUGAGAUUAAUUGCUUCAGUGUAGAACACUUUUAACUCAUAAAUCAGGAGAAGAAUUUUGUGCA